AGCAUAGUAAACCACUAAUCUAAUAAUUUUUUUUUGGCAUCGACUAAUCUAAUAAUUAUGACUCAAUCUUCCUAUACUUAACUCUCAGAGCCCUCUAAAACGUAAAAAUGACAAAAUUGCUCAAAUCUACUAAUCAAAGGGCUUUGGUUAGUUUUAGUUUCGGACUAGAUGCCCAUUAGUUCGCAUCUCUCUAAUCCACUAAAUGGUUUCACGCAAUAACAUGGGCUUUGGAGUCCAUAACACCCGUGAACCCAACUAACUGGACUACUAAAACUAUUAUCUUCAACUUAUUAUUGUUUUCGUUUCUAGGGUCAACAAGAAUAUAAUAAACUGUCUUUUAAUUUUAUUCAAAAAUUUUAAAAACUGGUUUUUAAAUAGACGGUUUUUUAUAUUCGUUAAAAAACUUUAUCCUAAGAACAUUAUUAGUGGUAUGGUGCCUCUGUAGAGUACCUAAUAAAUAUAACAUUAAUAGUUUAAAUUUUAUUAAGAUAUAUAAUUAAAUCUUAAACAAAAAUAAAAGACCAAUCGAUUAGACAACAACAAUGAAAGAAUUUGAUUUUUUUAUAUUUCGUUAAGAAUUCAUCCUAAAAACCCUAUUAAUCAUGUUCUUAGACGAGUCGGAACUCGUUGAUAUAUUAUGAAGUCAAUUCAAUUCCACUAUCUUUAUGAACAAUAUUAAAUGCAUCAUAACCUAUAUUAAGAAAAUGUGACCUCCACAGUAGAAAAUUGUUCAUUGCGCAACUUGAAGUGUUUGUUAGUAGUUUCUGUUUUUUUAGAAUUGUUUAUUAGCGAUUCGAAUCAUAUAGUUAACGGUUCCUUGGCUAAUCAAUAACCGAUUUGGUGGGAGAAGUAUUUGGCUAAUAAAUGAUUCGCCUAGAUUUUCCAAGACUGUUAGGAGUAUGCUUCAACUGAGAGAUCAACUUCAAGUGUUCCUACGUUGCAGCAUUGGAGAUGGUAGCACUGCCUUGUUUUGGUAUGACUACUGGACGGAAUUAGGUCCACUCAACCUCAUCUUUGGCUCAUCGGGGCCUCGGGCGUUAAGGAUUCCUAGCAAUGCGACUGUGUCACAGGCGGUUCGCAAUGGCAACUGGCAUCUUCCACCUGCGCGUUCUGAAACUGCGGAGACACUGCAAAUAGUUUUAUCAACCAUGUCGGUUCCUUCUCCUGCGAAUGGUAGAGAUUUGUACUCGUGGAGAAACCACUCUGGUGGUUUCAGCAAAACGUUUUCCUCCAAAGUCACUUGGGAAAGGUUUCGUACCUCAGCUCCUAUAGUGCCUUGGCACUCAGUGGUUUGGUUUAAAGAGGAGAUUCCUCGUUGUUCCUUCAUUACCUGGACUGCGUUCCUUGGAAGGUUACCUACUCGAGACCGUUUGAUCUCCUGGGGACUAGCUAUCCAACCAGGUUGUGCUCUUUGCUCUAAUGCUGAUGAGACCAUCAGGCAUUUAUUUUUCGAAUGUUCCUUUGCGGUUGCUACUUGGUCUCGUUUCUGUGGCAGGUACAUGGCGUCUCCUCCAGCUUCCCUACAGGAUGUCGCGGGCCUUUGCCAGCAGUUCCAGCGCUCGCAAACACCGCUCACAGUUCCAGUCUUGAAGCUCCUAAACCAAGUCAUCAUUUAUAAUCUUUGGCGAGAGCGUAAUGCCCGUAUCUUCAGAGGAGAGGCUUCAAAUCAGGAGGCUUUUUAUAGAGUGGUGGAUCGUCAUUUGAGGGAUAGGCUACUGUCUCUUUCUUCACCGGCUAACACUGCUCGAUCUCCUUCUCUGCUUGAGUUGUAUUUCUGCUUCAUCACCCCCUACAGUUGAUCUUACUCUCUCUUUAUUUCUCCUCUUUUCUGCUCAUCUCUCUUUUGUUUCUGUGUUAUAAGCUGAGUUCCCUCAGCAUUGUAAAACUCUAAAAAACGAAAAUGGUAUAAAUCUUAACAUUUAAACCAAAAAAAAAAAAAAAAAAUCAUAUAGUUAACACUUUUACUAGUUUUACAUAUAUAGGCAGGGACGUGGAAACAUAAACCUUAGCAAAUCAACUUUACUUUCAAGCUUAAUAAGAUUCAGUGAACCUAGACGCAUAGAGUAUAAUCCGUGAGGAAUCAGGAGAAGAUCGUGUAUAAAACAGUAGUCCCCAUCAACUCCAAUAAUUAAAUCUCCAAAGGUGGAUUAGACUAUUUAAAUUGGGAAACACCCUCCCAGUAUUGAGCUUCUCUCUCUUAACUUUUCCAAGUGACAUCAAUAGUUAUACCCUAUAAAGUCCCAUCCACUAAACUAAACUGAUUCACCGUAUACUUUUGCUCCUUGGAUUAAGAUACAUUGAACUUAGACACACGUGUUUUUCUCUCCAAAUCGGUUUAUACACACGUAGUUUUUAUACGCAAUUUCGUUGAAAAUUAGUGAUGGAAUACUACUAAUAAGCGACUUUGCAGAUGGUAAAUUAAAUCAUCUUUAACAAGCGCGUUAAUUAACGAUAAUACAUUACAAACACAAUAUUUAUCGAGCGACAUCUAUAUUUAUACAUUGUUACCGAAUAUAGUUACACACCCAUCGAUCGUCACACUACAGAUUGCAUGACUUUAUUUAAUCACGAUCGAGCUUACGUACCAAGGCACUCUAGCUACAUCGCACAUACCGACAUACGUACUUAAUAAUUAUUCAUAAUCAUGCACACGUGGAUUUUAAAUUACUAAACUCACAUGCAACAAUCC